AUGAAGGAACGUGUGGAGCUGAACACCAAUGGGCGAUCCAUCGAAUCUCACUGCAAGUCAUAUUAUAAAAAGAAGUGGGAGUCGAGAUACAUCGUCUGUAAGAUCCAGUCGGACUUAGAGGACCCAUUGUUCAAUAUUUAUAAAACUAGAAAAGAUAGGCAAAAGGAUAAAGUCAAACAAUCAAUUGUGCUGAAAAACUAUGUUGGAUACGAGAGAAGUUUUACGCUUAAAGGAAAAAGUCAAACCCUUGCUAUUAUCACAAAGGAUUACAACCUUAUUUUGUCAUUUCAACUACCGGAAACCCUUCUACAAUGGGAAACAUGGCUCAGAAAUGUGGCUGGACAAAGUACAAUUCAUUAUAUGCAAUUGCUGACAUUCCCCAACUAUCAGGAGAAUCUUACAUACACAAAAAAGGAGGUUCGAUGCCAUUUACAUGACGGAAGGCUUGCUUUAGUUCAUGGCACGCCUGUCGAAAUUAUUUUGUAUUGUGAAGUUAAUGCAGCUCUCAUUGAAACGGACCAGAUCGGUCACAAAGUCAAAAUACGGAAUCAUCCUUUGAACGAGAAAGACGAGGAGUUUGUAUUAUCUUGUCCAGCAAUUGAAAAGUUUGCGAAAUAUCUGGAAAAGGCGAACAAUGACAAUGAAACAUUGACCGACUAUCUCAACAAAAAAUCAGCAGAUGGCAUAUGGCUUCAAAACAUUAGAAAACCUCAAAAAGCGCAUGACACGAUUUCGCAUUGGUCUGAUACUAGUGGAAUGUUUAACUUCAUGAAUCAUCCCUCCACGUCGACAAAUCAUAGUGAAAUAUUUUCAUCAAGGUUGGCGGUUAACCAGUUAGGAAGUUGGAAUCCACUGAAAGGUGCACUCGGAAGCCAGCAGAUUAAAACUGACUCGAUUGUUGAAAACAGUGAGGAGCCGAACAACUAUGUGAACACUUCAACAUUCGAUUCACCGGAUAAUGACGUUAAAAUGCGAAGCGCGAGUUUGCCUGAGUAUGUCAACAUUCAACACGCCGUCAAACCACCGCCACUUCUUCCAAAACCCGAAAAAUAUCGACAAGACGUUAUUCAAAGAAAGGCGAGCAAUGUUACAACACCGAUAAACGAAGAUCGGAGGCUAUCAAACAAUUCGGAUAAGCGAAACUUCCAUAAUUCGAACUCAUUAAAGGGAGUUUCAAUGAUGGACUUUUCUUCAUUGCCAUAUGACGAGCCAGAAACUCGUAUUGAAAGUUGGAGAAGAGCAAAAAAGUUUAUAUCGGCGUUCAGUCCGAAAUCGCAGCAAGAUAUCAAUCGAUCUGGAAGGAAUAGUAAACGGAUUAAGAAAUCAUCAAGUACUAGCGCAUUGCAGUACGAUCUAGAUAGAUCCAAUGUUGAAUCAUCUCCUACAAAUGAUAAAUAUGCAAUGAGUUUCCAGAGAACCAAAUCAUGUGCGCCAUCGGAAAGGUCACUUUCACGUCAGGAGAAUUUCUUGUAUCAGAAAGAAAACAUCCUGAACUCUUCCAUGAGUGAGCUGGACGAACCGCCAAGCUUGAACGUAGCCAUGGCAAGUACAACACAACCAGUAUCUGAUAAGACGAAUGAUGAUGAACCUCCAACGGGAUUAGUGCGUUUACGAGAGGAAACACCAUUGAAAGCACGUGGCGGCGUAAAUAUUGCUUUAGCUCGACGAUUAGCUACCGGAAUUCAAGGAUCAUUUUCGAAGUAUGAUGGAGAAAAAAGCACUCACGUAUAUCAACAGAAUCCAGGAAGUGUGGUGAAUGAAUUGAAAAGAAUGAUGGCAAAAAUUGAACCGGAGAAGAAAAAAGUGCCGACCGAUGCUAUCGAGGACGCAAUAUCACGAGAACAAGAUAAAAUCAAACAGAGUGAACGCCGGGCCUCAUCGAUAUCAUUUCAAAAGAAUAACAUAUUGCAUCUACCCCACUUAUUGGAAAUCAAUAAAAAGACCUCACCGAAUCCCGAUUAUGCGGAUCACCCACCUAUCAAACCUGCUCCAGAAACAAUAUCAAAUAUUCGCGCCAAAAUUGCAUUGAGAAAUAGCCGAAGUGAUUCUCCACCAUUGGACAUUGCGCCAACAAUUUCUUCUAAAAUUCCUGUCCAAAACACCUUAAGGCUAAAAAAGUUGAGUGUUUCGUCAGUGGAGUCUUUGAGUUCGCCACCAACUGAGAAGCCAAUAAUUCUGCCGUCGCGAAUUGUUGUCAAUGACUCAUCGAGCUCAGAAAACAGCAGCGAAGAGAGUCCCGGUGCCAUAAAUUUUAAGGUGAUGACCGACGAGCCGUCACUCUCAUCAAGUCGAAUGUCUUUGCGUCGAACGUCAGAGGUUAGAUAA